GAACUUGUUCUCCACUUGGACCUUCAAAAUUGCAGCAACGUUACAAGCAGACCCUCCAAACCCUAAAGCUAAACUCCAAAGAACUAUCAUAUACACUUCUGGUAUGCAUAUAUAUAUGUUGUAUAUACAUACACCCACUUGCCUUAUUGGGUUAAAAAUUGAAUCUUUUUAUAUUUUGUAUACAUAUAGAUGUGCAUAUUCACACACCCACUAGCACUUUUUGGCUAAAAAUUGCAUCUUUUUUGUAAUUUUUGUUAAGGGAUAGUUUUAAUUGAUCUUUUUUAUCUGUGUAUACAUAGGUAUGUGCAUAUUUACAUACCCGCUAGCCCUAUUUGGCAACAAAUUGCGUCUUUUUCUGGAUAUUUUUGUUAAGGGAUAGUUUUAAGUGAAUCUUUUUUAUCUGUGUAUACAUAUAGAUGUGCAUAUUUACACACCCACUAGCCCUAUUUGGUUAAAAGUUGCAUCUUUUUUUGAAAUUUUUGUAUUUCUUGUUAAGGGAUAGUUUGAAUUGAAUCUUUUUACAUAUAGAUGUGCAUAUUAACACCCACAUAGUCCUAUUUGGCUAAAAAAUGUUAUCUUUUUUGGAUUUUUUGUAUAUUUGGGAUUGAAUCUUUUUUAUCUGGUUCUACUAUAGAUGUGCAUAUUCACACACCUACUAGCCCUAUUUGGCUAAAAGUUGGAUCUUUAUGGAAAUAAUUGUAGUUUUUUUGUUAAGGGAUAGUUUGGAUUGGAUUCUUGGUUAGAACUGAGAAAUAAAGAAUGGAGGAAUCAGAAAAGAGAAAGGAGAGGCUGAAAGCAAUUCGAGAAGAAGCCGCAGAGGCUGGCGAUAAUGCUGAAGAACAAAAUUCAAUAGUUCAUGGCCUUGCCAAUCCAUUGAUUGAAUCUCCUUCAGCUUCCUCUGGGCAGGAUGAGCCAAGGCCUAGAUUUGACUACUAUACUGACCCCAUGGCAGCUUUCUCUGCCAACAACAAAAAGAACAAUGUCAGCCCUCACGUUUCACAAUCGUUUAACAGCCCUCCAAGACCUAUGAAUGCCGGUUCUCCAGCUUAUCAUGCUCAAGGAAACUAUAACUCGGCUCCUAGAACGUACCGGCCACGAGGAGUCAAUGCCACUCCUCUUGGAAUCCGUAGGAAAACUAGUCCCUUUUGCACACCACUAGGGAACUCCUCUAACACUUUGGAUAGCUGUCUUGACACACCUAACAGCUACCCUCCACCUAAUUCACCGCAAAUUGGUGAUAUUUCCAGUGAUGGCUUUCCUCAAGGAGGUGGAGCUGGUAGCCCCUACCAAGGUUCAGGAUCCAAAGGCAGGCCUUACCGAGGUUCAAGAGGAGGCGGGGGUCGAUUCAAAUUUUACUAUCACAAGUCCAUGGUGGAAGACCCAUGGAAAGCAUUGAAGCCUGUUAUUUGGAAGCCACAUGGCGAUACACGUGACUAUACGAAAUCCUGGCUUCAAAAUUCCAUUAGCACUAAAAAGGCUAAACUUGGAGAGACUCCAACAAAAUCCACUCCCGGGGAAAGCCUCGCUGAAUACCUGGCUGCUGCAUUUAGUGAAGCAAUUGGCGAAGACAUUGUGAAUAAUGAAUCUGGCACAUAAAGCUUUUGAUGCUUGGAGUUUUUAAUUAUGCCUCAUACUUCUGUAGUUUCCGCAAAUAGUAAGUUAAACUGUAGUCUAAUACCAAAUCUGUAUAGUUUCCUGCUUAUUUUAAAGUACCAUUGACGCCUUAUAAGUUCCAAUCCUUGUUUCACUUUGAUUCACUAUUGGAUCAUGCCAGUGUUGGCUAGUUCUUGAUAUCCUUGAGUGUGAGCUUCUUAACCUA